AUGCAGUACCUAAUCGCGGUUAGUUCGUUCGUCCUGGCUCUAGCUCUGGCGCAGGGGGAGGAGCGUGAUGUGCAGCGCAUUAUGAAGGAUAUGUCCAUCAUACCCGAUGUAUUGAAGGAGCCGCCCAAGGAACUUUUAAAGGUAAUCUUCGAAAACAGACUAAAUAUUGAAGAAGGGAAUCUGUACACGCCCAUGUCGCUAAAAUUCGAGCCUAAAUUGGAUUGGGAUGCCGAUGAAGAUACUUAUUAUACUAUCGUAAUGCUUACACCGGAUGCGCCGAGUCGCGAGAAUCCGAUUUAUCGUUCCUGGCUCCAUUGGCUAGUUGUCAAUGUUCCAGGUGAUAGCAUUUCUAAAGGUCAAAUAAUAUCAGAAUACUAUGGUCCCAUUCCACCCAAGAAAAGCGGAGAGUUGCGUUAUGUGGUGCUUGUCUAUGAGCAGUCCGAUAAAAUUGAAUUUAAGGAGCAGAAGGUGGAGCUGAAUAAUCCCGACCAGCAUAGCAAUUUCGAUGUACAGAAAUUCGCGGACAAAUAUUCCUUGGGUACACCAGUGGCUGGUAAUACAUUUCUAGCAAAGUGGGAUGAAUCUGUACCCGAACUUAUGCAGCUACUGUACGGCAUAAGUGAUGUUAAUGAAUAG